AUGUGCUCAUUCCCCUACCACGCCUACACCGUCGGCUGGAUCUGCGCCCUGCCCAUCGAACUCGCCGCCGCCGAAAAGCUGCUGGACGAGAAACACCCCUCCCCGCCCCACGACGCCGGCGACAGCACCAUCUACACCCUCGGCCGGAUCCACGCGCACAACGUCGUCAUCGCCGCUCUCCCAGCCGGUAGAAUGGGUCUCAGCCCCGCCGCCGUCGUCGCACAGCGGAUGCAAACGCGCUUCCCCUGCAUCCGGUUCAGCUUGCUCGUCGGCGUGGGCGGCGCAGUCCCCGGCCCCAGCGGUACCGUGCAUGAUAUCCGACUGGGCGAUGUGGUGGUGAGCCAGCCCGCGAACGGCCACGGCGGGGUCGUGCAGUACGACUUUGGGAAGUAUCUACCGUCGGGCUUCAAGCGGACGGGGUUUCUGAAUUCGCCGCCGGAUGUGCUCCUUCAUGCGCUGACGAAGUUGAUGGCGAGGCAGCUGGCGGGUGGUGUUGAUCUUUCUGUUCAUCUGGACCGGUUCGCGCAUCUCCCUGCGUUCUCACGCAGUCGGGCGGGGCCUGAUCUUCUUUUCCAGUCGGGCUACCAGCAUGUUGGCGGUUCGACCUGUGAUGGGUGUAAUACAGAGUAUCUGGUCGAGCGGAAAGAGCGCGGCGCAGAGCCCGUUAUACAUUGUGGCGCCAUUGCAUCGGGGAAUCAGGUGGUACGAGACGCCGUCACGCGCGAUGCCAUCAGUGCAGAGCUGGGCGGGGUGUUGUGUUUUGAGAUGGAGGCCGCCGGCAUGAUUAGUUCGUGCCCUUGUUUGGUCAUCCGGGGAAUGUGCGAUUAUGCAGACUCCCACAAGAAUAAGUCGUGGCAGCCUUAUGCGGCGGCGGCGGCUGCUGCUGCGUCCAAGGAGAUCCUUUCGUAUAUUCCUGAGGAUGAUGUGGCUCGAGAUGACAGGGUCGGUGAAGCACAACAUGAUCUACUUCCGGCUGGAUCGACGCCUGUCUUCUUGCACACUGUGCCGGAUAUGCAACUUACGGUGUCUGUCGGAACGUGGAAUGCCGAGUGUAUUGGAAGGAUUGAGAAUACGAUCCAGGGCGACACUUGGACAACCCAUACAUUGACAAGCCUUGCCAACAAACUCAAGGACACGCACUCAGUCUUCUGGUUCUCCGCCAAAACGCCCCAGUCAUUCCAGGACGGCUUCUCCAUCGCUGCAGACGCAAUAUCCAGGGUAGAUCAUGCUGCCAGCGGUAGAGGCCACUGGGAUAGUGUCUCGAGGUUACAGCACUGGCUCUCGGACCCUGCUCACGGCAGAUGGCUCGUUUUUGUGGACGAUCUGCCAGACGCUCUGCAGCUCUCAUCAAUAAGGAAGCUCUUCCCGCAAAGGCCAUUAGGCGGGCUGGUCAUCAGCACAAGCCUGGCUGUUUGCGAGGCCUUGGACGGUAUAACUUACCGACUGGACCCUACACUGCCUCCAGAUGAGGGCCUCGAUGUGUUCUCUUCGGUCUAUGGUGAUGCAAGUAGUGAAGUACUGGUGGCUGCUCGAGGAAUCGUGCAAGCAGUCAACUUCCACCCACUGGGCAUCCUUCUCUCAGCUUCUUACCUGCGCGCGUAUUCCAAUGUCUCUGCUGAGAAGUACCGCCAGACACUGGAAAAGAUGUCGAGUCAGACAGGGCAGCAGAACGAUCUUCCACCGGAGAUUGCACUUCCACUGUCCAUGCACCUGGAUGCACUUGCUAAUACCCCUUCCGGCUAUACCCUAGCAGUUCUAUCACUCCUCGACACCGACCGUAUUGAAGAUAAAUUCCUCAAUGCCCUCCAAACCCUCGAAGAAAACACUGGUCCUUGCGCGCAGUGGCUAUCCGCGCUUACAUCUCCAAACCUCCGGCAAAGAAUAAAAACACUGCAAUCCCUCUUCCUUAUAGAAGGCAAACGAGACGUAAACGGCGCUUUCUAUGAGGUCCCCAGAUACGUGACGCAGUAUAUACUCCAGAACCUUCACCUGGACCACGCAACCUUCCACCUCGCCGCCGAAACAGCAUAUACCCUGCUCGAUUCCCUCGCCGCGCCAAGCAGGAUCGAUAAACUGGACAUCCUAGACGAAGCCAUUCCGCCGAUUGAGCGCCACUACCCCGCUCUAGCGCAACACAUCUGCUCUCUCAGGAUGGGCAUCAACCGCGAACCCGAACCCGAAUCCAUCGGCCGAUUCCAGAACCUCGGAAUCCUAAUCGCGCUGUACCACCUCCGCAAAGCAGCAAGACGGGGACUCGACGUCUGCACAACAAGAUCGCUCCGCGGAUGGCUGACCAAGAACCGUACCCUAUCCGACGAGGACCUCGAGCUGAUAGAGCCCUCCCUCGUCGACGAGGUGCCACCGUGUACACUUGCCAUCUCGCACGCAAAGACUUCGGCAUAUCAGUGCGACGCCGAGGCAAAGCUCGCCGGCCCAGUCUCGUCCGUCCUCUGGACAAACGUCGAAGGCCUCCUCGUCGUAUCCGCCAUGUCUCGCGCUUGGUUCACCAUAAAAGACGGGGUGUUGGAUGCCGCGCGCGCUGCCCAGAACCGCGGAUAUGCCAGAGAACAUGCGGAGGAGAUAGAGGACGCGGUUGACAAAGCGGCGCACGAGGCGGUUAUGGCUGUUGUUGGUGUCGAGGUCAGGGAGUAUGUCCGUGCAGCUCGGGCUACGUCGUCGACAUCCAGCUUUGGCUCUGGCUCGGGCGUCGGGUCUGCAUCGCCAUCGCGUCACGCUCUAAAACACAUUGUUCGCUUGGUUCCAGGAAGCCCCGAUGAGUCUUUCUGCGCCGAGAUACGCGAAUAUUCCGACGAUGAGCUGGCGACUAUCGUAUCCGACGCAAUGUCGCAUGAUAUUUUCGGACUUACGCGGCUGGCUGGGGCUGCGUGGGCUUCUGUGCUGGAGAAGGAUGGACAUCGAAUCAGCACGGUGGUUCAGUCGCUGGUGCAGCAGGCGACGAACAUGGAGGGUCUAACUAAAACUGCACGGUUUACGAUCGAGCAGCUGGCCAGGGGAGCGGUGCGCGUGUAUGUCCGUGAGAUAGGGGACGCUAUAUGGGAGGGGGUUCGCUGUGCAGGAACCUGGAUUGCGAUUAUGGUUCGGCAGGCUUUGUCUCUGGCGAUGCUGAAGCGGAUUCAGGCCGGUAGGGGGCAGGGUCCGGAUUCUGUAAAGGCCAUGGUGGCUGGCUCUGCGGAGAUGCUGCGCCAGGGGGUUUCUGCCAUUCCAGGGGAGUAUCUGAAGAACUGGGAGUGGAGGGCUUUGCGUACGGUUGUUGUUCUUCGUCAUCGAGCUGUUAUGGAGAUAUUGCAAUUGCUGAACCACAAUGAGGGCGGUUCCUAUGACAAUAUUGGAGCACUGGAGGGGUUUGACGAGUACAUAUAA